CAGGAGGUGGAUAUUGAAGGAAGGGUGCGAUUGGUGAUGGAGAGCACCCUCACGGCCCGUGACAGGGUCGGAGUUCAGGAUUUCGUCCUACUGGAGAACCACAACAGUGAGGCAGCUUUCAUAGAGAACCUGCGACGACGCUUCCGAGAAAACCUCAUCUAUACAUACAUUGGCUCGGUGCUGGUAUCGGUGAAUCCUUACAAAGAGCUGGAGAUUUACUCCAAGCCGCAGAUGGAGCGCUACAGAGGAGUCAGCUUCUAUGAAAUCUCGCCUCACAUCUACGCCGUAUCAGACAACACUUACCGGGCCAUGCGGACUACAUCUAGGGAUCAGUGUAUUCUGAUAUCCGGUGAGAGCGGCGCAGGUAAAACGGAAGCCUCGAAGAAGAUCCUCCUCUACUACGCUGCUACCUGCCCGGCAAGCCAUCAUAUGAGCACCCUCGGAGACCGCCUGCUCCAGUCUAACCCUAUUCUGGAGGCAUUCGGUAAUGCUAAAACACUAAGGAAUGACAACUCCAGUCGGUUUGGAAAAUAUAUGGAUGUGCAGUUUGACUUUAAGGGGGUACCAGUGGGCGGCCACAUCCUGAAUUACUUGCUGGAGAAAUCUCGCGUGGUUCAGCAGAACCACGGAGAAAGGAAUUUUCACAUCUUCUAUCAGCUUCUGGACGGUGGGGGUAAUGAGCUUCUCCAGAUGCUGGGCCUUGAAAGGAACCCUCUGAGCUACCAGUAUCUGGUUAAGGGAAGCUGUUCCAAAGUCAGCUCCAUUAGUGACAAGAAUAAUUGGAAGGUUUUGAUGAAUGCCCUCUCUGUUAUCGGCUUCACUGACGAAGACCAGAAGAAUUUAUUGGACAUCAUCGCCAGCAUUCUCCAUCUUGGAAACACGCAGUUUGGAGAAGGAGAGGAAGGAGAAGCGCAUAUUACCACUGAGAUUCCGAUAGCAAAUGUUGCAAAGCUGCUGGGUCUUGAAGCCUCAUCCCUCAGUGGAGCUCUUACUCACAAAAAACUCACUGCCAAAGGGGAGGAGAUGAUCAUCCCACUUAACUUUGAGCAAGCAAUGUCUUCCCGAGACGCCUUAGCCAAGGCUGUCUACGGUCGGACCUUCACUUGGUUGGUGGAGAAGAUCAACCAAUCUCUUGCUCUCAAGGAUGACGUGGACCACAGCAAUAAAACCUUCCCUGUGAUUGGGCUUUUAGACAUCUAUGGCUUUGAGGUCCUACAGCGCAACAGUUUUGAGCAGUUUUGCAUCAACUACUGCAGUGAAAAGCUUCAGCAGCUCUUUAUUGAGCUCACCCUCAGAUCCGAGCAAGAAGAGUACACAACAGAAGGAAUCGCGUGGGAGAUGGUGAAAUACUUUGAUAACAAAAUCAUCUGCGACCUGAUAGAAGAGAAGCACAAGGGUAUCAUUGCCAUUCUGGAUGAGGAGUGUCUAAGACCCGGAGAGACGAGUGAUGAGUCAUUCUUGGAAAAACUGGAGGACACACUAGGCGGUCAUCCUCAUUUUGUCACUCACAAGCUAGCAAAUGGGAAGACCCGGAAGGUCAUGAGUAGAGAGGAGUUUCGGCUGCUUCACUACGCUGGGGAGGUUAACUACAAUGUGAAUGGUUUUCUUGAGAAGAACAAUGACUCACUGAACAGGACCGUGAAAGAGGUUGUGUGUCAGUCAGACAACCGGAUCAUAAGUCAAUGUUUCUCCAGAGAGGAAGUGAUGGACCAAAAACGCCCACAAAUGGCUGCAACUCACUUUAAAAAUAGCCUGUUGAAACUCAUGGAGAACCUCAUGACGAAGGAACCAUCAUAUGUACGCUGCAUAAAACCUAAUGAUGUCAAACAGCCAGGUCACUUUGAUGAAGUUCUUGUCAGACACCAGGUUAGGUACCUUGGCCUGAUGGAGAACCUUCGAGUCAGGAGAGCUGGCUUUGCUUAUAGACGCAGUUUUGAAGCUUUCCUGCAGAGGUACAAGCCUCUCUGUCCUGAGACGUGGCCCAACUGGUGUGGCAGACUUGAAGAUGGUGUGGCCACCCUGGUAAACCAUUUGGGCUAUCAAGAGGAGGAAUACAAACUGGGCAGGUCCAAAAUAUUCAUCCGUUUCCCCAGAACUCUGUUUCUGACUGAAGAUGCACUUCAAGCCAAAAAGCCAGAAAUAGCUCUGACUCUGCAGACAUCUUGGCGAGGCUACAGAGAAAGAGCCAAAUACAAACGAAUCAGACAUGCAAUCAUCGUGAUUCAAUCGGCGUGGCGAGGGAUGAAAGCGCGCCAAAGAGCUAGAAGGCGUCGACAGGCUGCUGAGUUGAUACGCAGAUUUAUAAAAGGCUUUAUCUACCGUCAUGAAGACUACUGUCCAGAGAAUGACUACUUCUUGGAUCAUGUGCGUUACUCCUUCCUCAUGAAGCUUAGCAAAAAUCUGCCCACAAGCGUUUUGGACAAAAGCUGGCUGGCAUCUCCACCUUCGGUCUCUGAGGCCUCGGAGCACCUGCGCAAACUGCACAUGCGCAACAUGGUGAUGAAGUAUUGCAUCAGGAUUCAGCCUGAAUGGAAGAAUCAACUGACGCAGAAGGUUGUUGCCAGUGAGAUCUUCAAGGAUCAGAAGGACAACUAUCCUCAGAGUGUCGGCAAACUGUUUUUGGACUCCAGGAUCGAACAUGAUCAGAUCAAUCUGAAGGUUCUGCAGACCCUUGGCAGUGACAAAGUGCAGUAUGCCGUCCCAGUCACAAAGUACGACAGGAGAGGUUUCAAGCCUCGCUCUCGUCAACUCCUCCUUUCCAACACAUUCGCUGUUCUGGUGGACAAGACCAAGAUCAAGCAGAGGAUCGACUAUGCGUCCCUCGGAGGUAUUUCGGUGAGCUCUCUUAGUGACGGAAUGGUUAUUCUGCACAUCCCCAGCGAGGACAAGAAGCAAAAGGGUGACGUUUUGCUACAUUGUUACCAUGUGAUAGAGCUAGUGACAAAAUUAGCCCUGAUAGCCCGCAUGUUGAACCACAUCAACAUCAAGCCUGGCAGCGUUAGGUUUGCAGGAGCUCGAGGCAACGAGAGCUUCGUCGAUUUCGUCAGGGGCCCCGAGCUAAAGGUGGCUAAAGGCAAAAGAGGACACCUGCUCGUGACUGCCCCUCGGAUCAACGCCACAUGA